CGAACGGACAACAAUGAUUCUGUUAGUUUCCAAAACAGACCAGAACGCCACGCCACGCAACAGCUUAUCCAAUAAAAUUCGGAAGAGUACGAAAACAUUACAAGACGGAAUAGAACGGAGCGAGAAAGUUGUUUUCGUUUUAAAUUCAAUGUUUCAUUAUUCAUUUCAUUAUUCUUUUUGUUAUUUAAAUAACACGUAACCGGAAGUGUCUCGAAUAAAAAUAAAAACAUCUGUUAUGAUCCGCACGGAAUAUCGCCUUGUUGUUAUGGCCCUGCUCAUAGCCAUCUUUUGUUUUGAUCUCUGUUAUCCAUGGAUGAAUUUCAACAGUUACACAUCAAGGAAACGUACCGAUUUAAAGAAACGUUGUCCUAAUGUGCGAGCUCAACGUAAUUUCGAUCUGGAACCCAUGAUGGGUAAUUGGUAUGUGGUGCAGUAUUAUGCGUCUACAGAAGAAUUGCCGGAAUAUGCCUGCAUGCGUAGCCAUUUCACAUUUACCAGUGACGAUCAACAUAUCACCAUGAAUUUCAGCUACAUUUACGCCGAAGACCCCCUACGUGAAAAGUUGCAGGGCAAUAUUACAUGGGAAAUUCCGGAUUUCAAUACACCAGCUCAUUGGAUACACACUGAGGAUAUAUAUGAAGGAAUUUACAAUACUUAUGUCCUGGAUACAGAUUACAAGUCUUGGGGUCUAAUCAUGCACUGUGCGGAAAAGAAAAAACAUCCACGCUAUCUAUCCGCCCUGCUGUUGUCGCGCGAGCCCACCUUGGGAGAAAAUGUUAUUAACUUUUUAAAAGAAAAACUACCACGCUAUGACAUUGAUUUGUCAUUUAUGUUUGCCAUCAAUCAGACAACCUGUGACAAUUUAAUGGAAUCAUCCAAAGAUGACCCGCUGGCCUAUAUUGUGAAUGGUCGUAAAAAUGCCAAAACAAUGUUUAAAAUAAUACUGAAAAAUUAAAUUAGUUUUUAAUUCGAUUUUGAUUAAAAAUAUAUUUUUAUUUUAUUCUGUAAAUAAAUUUCAUUGAACUAUUACAAUGUU